AUGGUCGUGAAUCUUACCGCCGGGCUGUUUGUUCACUCUGAUACCACGAUCGAUGGCCGGGGGGCAACGGUGCAGAUUAACGGUCCCAUGGCUGUGUAUGGGUCGCGAAAUGUGAUUAGACACAAUGUGGGGAUAGGGAAUGCCAAGGGGAACACGGACGCCCUGCAUAUACGUAACAGCUCGUGCAUGUGGGUGGACCAUUGCAGAGUGACCAAUGCGUAUCGCGGCACGUUUGACGUCGUGAAGGGGUCGACGAAUGUGACUAUAUCGAACUGCUUCAUCCGCAACUUUGGUUUCACGAUGCUGCUGGGAGCAGCAGACAACGACACAUUCGACCAGCAGAUGAGAGUGACAGUCUACCGCAACUGGUUCUACGGGUCGGGCCAGAGGCAGCCGCACGGGCGCUGGGGCAAGAUACACGUGGCCAACAACCUCUACACCAACUGGACCUACUACUGCCUCGGGGGCCGCGUGCACGAGCUGACUUUUGAGUCGACUCAAAAGGCAGCUCUCUACACCACGGCCAUCUUCAUGGGGUGGAACAAUUCGGCUGCCGUGCAGCCCCUCGUGGCAGUGGAGCGCACAGUGUAUUACAGAGAGAAGGCCGCGGGGCUGUAUGGUGCGCUGCCGUAUACGUUCGCGCAGGGGCUCAUCGAGGUGCCGUAUGUGCUGGUGCAGACGUUCCUGUACUGCAUUAUCACGUACGCGCUGAUCCAGUUUGAGUGGACGGCGGCCAAGUUCUGGUGGUACUUCCUGUUCAUGUUCAUCACGCUGCUGUGCUUUGUGAUGUACGGGCUGCUGGCCAUCUCCAUCACGCCCAACGAGCAGCUCGCCAUGCUGCUCUCCUCCUUCUUCGUGCUCUGCGGCUUCAUCGUCCCCAGGCCGGUGAGUGCGCGCGCACGUUGUGAAAGUGACUGCUGGCUAUGGUACACUUGUGCAUGCUGCCUUUCUGCUUUUGACCGUGUCCUUCUGUUGCGACCACCUUAG